AUGCAGACUAAUAAUUGCAACAACAAUAAUAACAGCAGCGGCGGUUCAAACAAUAACACAAAUAUACUUACCAACAAUAGUACCAAUAAUAAUAACACCAAUUCAAGCUAUUCAGUUUCCUCUUUAUUUCGAAAAUACAAGUCGACCCGAGCAGCCGCUAGUGUUACCGCGUCGCUCCCCCUAACUUUGCCGGGAAUUGAAACCACCGCAUCCCAACUUUCUCUGACUUCUUUACCCCCCUCGUCACUAAACUCAGACCCCAUUUUUCUGCCCCAUGGAUCACUUCACAACUCAUAUAACCACUCUGGUGCUGAUCUUCUGUCGGAGCCGACAAAUUUGGCGGGACUUUCUGGUACCCUGAACAAUAAUAUUAGCCAUCUAAACCACCAAAUUAACCCUUCAGGGGGCUUAGUUCAUACCGGUGAUGGUCACGUGGACAUUUUAGCCCCCUCCUCGACUCUUGUCACUGCCUCUUCUCUUGUGGCUGGGGGCGGGGGAGGGGGAAGUUUGGGGGACUGCGGGUCCUCCGUUUGUUCCUCGGCAUCUUUGGCGUCUGCCGCUGCUUAUGCUUAUCGCAACACUCCUUAUUACUAUUUCUAUCCAGGGGCACCCGACUUUGCAGCGGCGUUCGACACAGGUGGACUGAACAGCGCGGCGGCCGCAGCAGCCGCAGCCCAGGCAGUGUCCAACUCCAGUGCAGUGGGGGAGCCGGAACAGUGCAAAGUGUGUGGAGAUUACGCUUCCGGGGUGCACUUCGGAGUGCUCACGUGCGAAGGAUGCAAGGGUUUUUUCAAGCGCAACCACCGAGAUGGUUCUUCAAUCUCUAACUCUGACUCUAAGGGGUCAUCUGGGUCCACUCCUCUGACGUGCAACCGGGACCAGAAGUGCGAGAUCAACGUGGCUUCGAGGAACAGCUGCCGGAGCUGCAGGUACAGGAAGUGUCUAUCUGCUGGCAUGUCCAGAGAGUCCAUCAAAUUGGGCCGACGAUCCAAAAACGAGAAAGUUAUUCUAAGUAAAGAUUGCGAAAAGAGUUCGGCCCGAAACAACGGUCUCAUGACAUUCAUUUCACCCCGGUCGCUUGGCAAUCCCCACCUCGCGUCUUUCUCCCCCUACCACGACUUGAAGUCCCCCCUCAAACCUUUUUCAUCGAGUCCCAGUUACAACGUAACUGAUGGGUACCUCAAUGCUCAUCGAUCUUCAAAUUACGGCCUUUCUUUCGACUAUCCGAACUAUCGGUCUGACGCACAUAGUUUCUACAUACCAACUCAACCUAACACGGGUGGAAUAUACUCGGGAAUAAACCCGAUGGAACCGAUAAACUCGUUUGACCUCUACGGAUCUUCGGCAGCCAAUCAGAAUGGACUUCCGCCCACGACUUCAAUGCCUCAACUCUCGGCUCUUGGUUCCAACUCCAAUAUCUUACCUUCGCUUCAGAUGCCGAAAUUGGAACCGGUUAUAAAUGGGUCUGAAAUCCAGCCUAAUUCUACGCAACGAGACCACUUAUCUCUUGCUUCGACUGGAAAUAACAUUAUGUCAAGCCCUAUUUAUUCGAAUGUGCCAUCAGCCGAUUUUUCAGGAGGUGCGGCAAAUUUCAACACUUCGUUUCUGACACAUCAAUCGGCUGUCAAUCACAAUCAUCAUGGCUUCUUCUCAGCCAAUCAGAACGAGAGUUUGAACAACUUUGCGAGCCAUAAUUCGGUCAAUGUGAAUGGCCAUACAAACAACUCAUGGUCCAUAAUUGACCACAUUGUGACAUAUUGA